AUGACCAAUAAUUCUGUGAAGAUAAGAGCAGUUUGUAAAGGGAAGGGUUGUGGCUGGACAUUGUAUGCUAGGGUCCAGACAAAAGACUACACAACAUUCAGAGCCAAUACACUGAUGGAUGUGCAUAGUUGUGGCAUUGUAUCUGACAACAAGAAAGUGACUGCUACUUGGUUGGCCAAGCAUUUCAUCGAAGACUUUAGAAUGAACCCAAAUAUGACUUACAACAACUUCAACACCUUGACUGCAAAAACAAAGUUCUCAGACACAUCCUCCUAUGCAUUCUACAACACCACGAACAAGGCCAAAGAAAUAAUGGAAGGUUAUAUGAAGGAGCAGUAUAGAGUUUUGGAUGAUUAUUGCAAACAACUCCUACACCACAAUCCAGGGAGCACAACCAUUAUCAAAAGGUACUGCAAAGGUAUGUUGCUGGUUGCUGUGGGUAUUGAUGAAAAUAAUGGCAUGUUUCCAAUUGCAUAUGCUAUUUGCGAGAAGGAAAAUACAGACACAUGGAAUUGGUUUUUAAAAUUGUUGAAGGAGGAUUUGGAGGUUAUUGACACUAGGAGAUAUACAUUGAUUAGUGAUAGACAAAAAGGGUUAGAAAAUGCUUUAGGUUCCCUGUUUGAUGGUGCUGAGAUAAGAUUUUGUGUGAGACAUUUACAUGCCAACUUUAAAAAGAAGUUUCCAGGUCUUCUUCUAAAACAAAAGUUGUGGGCUUGUGCACAAGCCACAACACCAGAAUAUUUCAAGAGGAGGAUGGCUGAAAUGAAGGAGGUGAAUGAGAAGGCAUAUGUUGGUUAA